UAUUUUCAAAAUAAGAAUAAGAUUUAACAAUAUGAAUAAUGAAUACAGUACAGAAGAUGAUGAUUUGAUUGAAGAUCUUCGACAGCCUAAAAGCAAAAGUGACAAAACACGUUUAGAGAGCAGGCUUUCUAUAUCUUUCCCUAGCAAAGGGCUUUACAAUGCUCCAGGAGAUAACAAUUGUUUUCUUAAUGCUGCUGUUCAGAUUUUGUGGCAUUUGAAUGUUUUCCGCCGUAGUUUUCGCCUACUACAAGGACAUGCAUGUUUAGAUAAUGCCUGCAUUUUUUGUGCUCUUAAGAGAAUGUUUCAAAAGCUCCAAGAUAGUGAUGCAUCUGCAAUUGAUCCUGAUGAUUUAAGACAAUCAAUGGCCAAAGCUUUUGUUGAUGAGCAUCGUUUUCAACUUGGUCGAAUGGAUGAUGCAGCUGAGUGUUUUGAGAAUAUUCUUCAUCGAUUGCAUUGCCACAUAGCGAACACAGAAAGUGAAGAUACCUGUGCAGCAAAGCAUUGUAUUCCUCAUCAAAAGUUUGCAUCGCACAUACUGGAACAGGUUUUGUGUAAAUGUAAAGCAACAGGCGAACCAAAGUCUUAUUAUCAAUUUGUACAUUAUGUUUCAGCAUCGGCUCUUUCUGAAAAUUUGCAAAAAGAUGUCAGCAAUCCUAAUGUGUUGGUGGAUUUAUUGAAAUCCUCUGUUCAGUCCGGAGAAACGAAAGCAUGUCCGGAUUUAAAACGGUGUUCAUAUCGCAGUAGUGGUAAAAACACAACAUUAACAAGCACAACUCUUAUCAAUUGCCCAGAUGUUUUGACAAUUGGAGUGAUUUGGGAUACUGAUUCUCCAAGUUCAAGUUAUAUUGUGGAUGUAUUCGAUUGUUUCCAGAAUUCUUUAUACUUUAAAAAUAUAUUUGAUAAUAUUCCUGACCAUCAAUGCAAGCAUUUAGAGCUGAAAGUUGUUGGUGUUAUUUGUUACUACGGGAAACACUAUACUUCAUUUUUUUACAACUCAACAGAAAAACAGUGGAUUUAUUUUGAUGAUGCUCAUGUUAAAAAGAUAGGUCAUAGUUGGACCAGUGUAAUUGAAAAGUGUUAUCGGAAUCGGUUCCAACCUCUACUUGUUAUCUAUGCUAACUUUAAUGGAAGUCCUGUAGACAUAAGUAAUGCACCAACAUCUGUUAAUAUUAUGUCAAAGGAAAUGCUUCUUUCAAAACCAAAAUCACCACCCCAUCGCAAGCAGAAGCGAAAAACCAAACGCGGUAAAGAUUCAAAACCUAAUGGUCAUGAGUCAUCCAGAUCAAAAAGUUUGAGCGUUAACAAAACUUGUCAGAUUUCAAAUAAUGACUUUAGCCUUGUGUUACCUGAUAGUCCAGUUAAAGAAAAUCAAGAGGUUAAAUCCUCUCGGAGCAACAAAGCUAAUGAAGUUAUUAAUCCUGCUUAUAGGUCAGAUGUUUCUCUUCCUGGUUCUAAUGCACAAAAAGUAAAUACAAGGCCACUCCCCAUAAUUGAAAAAUCAAUGGGCAUAGUUGACAGAAAAUCAGAGAAUAUUGACCAGACCAAUGUUCUAGAAAAUUCCCAAAAGAACAGUUUUAUAAAGAAGAAAUUUGUUGAUAUCAAAAAUGUAAUAAGUCCAAAAAAACAAAAUUUGAAAAAAGAACUACUGCCUAAUACAUCUUUACGCUCUAACUCACUGGAUAGUAUUUUUCAAAAUGAAACAAAUGGUGAUUCAUCAAUUUUUAAGUCACAGUACAUUACACCAACAGUUUUAAAUGACAAUAUUCAACAGAAACAAGAAGCCAAAUUGGUUGUUCACCAAAAAACACUAAGUAGUUUAGAAUCAAAAAUGAAUCGGAGUUCUAGCAUUGAUGUUUUAGACUCAGCUCAUAUUCAACAAAGAAAUUCAUUAAAUAAAAAAAAAUCUACACGACCAAAACCAAAUGAAACCAUUAAUAGUGCUGAGGUUUUAGAAUCUUGUCAUCAUCAAAAACAAAAAAAUAAAGUAGAUGUAUUAAACUCUAUAGCUUCAAAAAAAAUUUUAACUAGUUCAUUUAGCAGCACUGAAGUUCCAGAAUCUCAACAUUAUAAAAAUCUAUUAGAAGCACGAAUUUCUAUUGGCUCUAAAAGCAAUGGAACUAGUUCCAUUAGUAGCACAGAGUUAAAGAACUAUGAACUUUAUGAUAAUGAUGAUGAUCUUAUUGAUCUACAAAACGACACUGACCCAUUGCUUAAUAACAGUUUUACAAACAAUGAUGGGAGAUCAUCAGAUAGAAAAGCAGUGCAGUUUGAUUUCUUAAUAAAUCAUGGUGAGAAGAUGUUGCGUAAGUCAUUGCAUUAUGAAGAAUCAGGUGAUCUUCUUCUUGCAUUGCGUCAUUGCACAGAUGCAACACGACUAUUUCGUGAUGCAUCAAAACUUGUUGAUAACAAUUCAAAUCUUGUUGAGGUUGUUGACAAAAAAAGAUGGUCAAGUUUUUCUCGUUCUGAAAUGUUGCAAAAAAAAAUUGACAAUUGUUUAAAACUAGAUGGAUUGCCUCUUGAGGAUAAAACUUUAAUUGAUGCCUCUUUUAAUCAGCAAAAUGCACGAAAUUCGUCUAGAAAUAGCAGUUUUUAUAAUACUACGUGCAGUAAUUUGCAAACAAACAAUAUAAGUUUGCACGGAUGUAAUGAAAACAUUUUGAAGACUAAUCAAACAAAUCGAUUUGUAGGCGAUGCAUAUGACGAACAAUCAUGUUCUGUUGGACUUUUAAAUACUCAAAAUAGAUUACCGAGUCAUACAUUUUUUGGUAUCAAAGGUCUUCCUGUUCCAAAGCAAUCAUUAUCGACAGAAGAAAAAGGUGAACAAAUUGAUCACACAAAACUUACCUUUGGAAAAACAGUUUAUAGCGUAGAUCUCAUUAAAGGUUUGAAAAAUAACAAUUCCAACUUAGUAGAACUAUCUGAUACCGACAACAAAACAGUAUCUUCGGAGAUCAAAGAAAACGGGUUUAAAAAUGUGUCUGUAUCCGACACUCGGAAAAAGUUAAAAGAAAACAAGCGGUACCACUGCGAACAAUGUGGAUGGCGUAAGGUCGACAAGCGCGGUGAUUAUUGCGCCAAAUGCAAAUCAGAUUUUAUUUAGCUGCUCCAAGUUGUUUCAUUUAUGUAGAGGCGAAACACAUCUUGUACCGUUUAUUUAUGUAAAGACGAAGCAUCAUCUUGUACCGCAUAUGUAUGUAGAAACGAAACACCAUCUUGCACCGUGUAUGUAUGAGGGAAAAUAUUUAAAUUCGACAAAAAUCUAAAACUUAAAAAAAUGUUGUAAAUAUGUUUAUAAAGCGAUAUUAGCAUCAAAAGCACGUGACUCGUGAAAAAAGCACGUGAUUCAUGAAUAUUUAAUAUCCUUUUAAGUUUUAUUUAUAUCAAUGUUGUUAAUAUUAUUUUAAAAAUAUUUUUUACAAAUUAUUAUUUUAAAAGUAUUUAAAAAUGUGGAUUCUAAGAAUUGCUUUUCUACGUAA